AUGUAUAGUAAUAAUAAAAAUUUAAUUAUAAUAGGGUUUAUUUAUUUAAUAAGCUUUAUCUAUAUAUGCAAUGGUUUAGAUAUUAUAAUAGAUUUAGAAAGUAGUAAUAGUGAUCCAGUAUGUGGUGGGGCACUCACAGCAAGCGGUACAUUGCCACCAUGUGAGUCAUUCAGUCAAGCCGGUGAUAGAAUCAGAUCAAUUGUAGCUGCCGAUCCAGGGUAUAACUAUGACGCCGAGGUUUUAAACAUCUAUGUUUUAAAUAGUGGUGAAAGUAUUAUUCAAGUUAAUGACCAAACACAAUAUUUUGGAAAAAUAGAUUACUUUAAAUCAAUUUUAAUUUCUGUUGCCGAAAGUAGUACACCAUCUGAACCAGUUCGUUUUGUCUCAAAGAUUCAAAUCAACGGAAAUGGAAAUCAAGAUCAAGUUUUUAUUACAAUUAAUAAUAAAUCUGGCAAACAACAUGUAAAUGAUUUAAUUUUGAAAAUUCAAGGUUUUAUCUUUAAUGACUUUGACACUCUUGUAGUUAUCGAUGACUAUAAUGUCGAUUUACAAUUAGAAGAAGUUCAAUUUAGCAAACUCAGCAAAAUUUCAGGUUCCCAAAGUGGUCAAGAUCCAGACAGCAAUGAGGAUGAUUUUAUUGUUGGUUCUAAAUCAGUUUCAAUCAUAGGAUGCAAAUUUAGAGAUGGUGAAAGGGUUAAUGUUUUAAAGAGCAAUUGUCCAGGAAAUGUCGUAAUAAAGGGUACUACAUUUGAUUACGGUGGUUCUACUUUCAGAUUUUAUAAUAGCUCCUCAUUAUAUAUUCAAGAUGCAGUAUAUACAUUCUCAUCACAAUCCGAAUUUCAAAAUGCUAUCUUUGAAUGCAACCAUGUUAGUUUAAUCAAUAUCAAAAGAGGUGAUAUUACCAACAGCAACUCUCAAUAUAGAUCAUUAUUAAAUGUUAUCGAAAAUGAUAAAAGUGCCGAUACCAACUACAUUAUCGAUAGUGUUACCUAUAAUCAAGAAAACGGUGGUUCGCAAUCUGGUACCUUCAUGUUUGGUUUAAAUCAUGAAGGUACUUUUGAUUUCAAAAUGAACAAUUCACACAUUACCCAUAAUUCUGACCCAAGAGAUGUUAGUUAUCUUGUGUACAUAAGUACAAGUCAAAAGAAUCCAAAUACAGUUACAAUGGAAAACAAUAACAGUACUUUCUUUUACAACUCUUUGGUAUUCUCUGGGGGUAAAACCGAUAUUAAAAUAUUAAAAAAUAUUUUUUCAGCCGAGAAUGUUGUAAAUGGUGGUGGUUCUAAUACAAUCGAUACAGACUUUGUUCCAGGUGAAUAUUCAAGUGAAGCUAGCCAAAAUUCAAUUUGGUCCUAUUCCUUUGUUAUCUUAUCAUCAUUAAUUUUAUUAAUUAAAAGUUUAUAA